AUGCCAUUACCUGCUUCGAUGUUAAACCAGAAAUCCAAGCACGUUUACUCUGUUGCUAAAGUGUAUUCGGAUGCUUGUGAAAAGAGGCCGCAAGAAUACUGGGAUUAUGAACAAGGUGUUACUAUUGAUUGGGGGAAGAUAUACAACUAUGAGAUCAUUAAUAAGAUUGGUCGUGGUAAAUAUUCAGAAGUCUUUAGUGGGAAAUGUGUUACUAAUGACAAACCAUGUGUUAUUAAAGUAUUGAAACCUGUUAAGAUGAAGAAAAUAUUUCGUGAAUUAAAAAUUUUAACGAAUUUAACAGGUGGACCAAAUGUAGUGGCAUUAUAUGAUAUUGUUCAAGAUAAAGAUUCUAAAAUUCCUGCAUUAAUAUUUGAAGAAGUUAAAAAUGUUGAUUUUAGAACUUUAUAUCCAACUUUUAAAUUAACUGAUAUUCAAUAUUAUUUUACACAAUUAUUAAUCGCUUUAGAUUAUUGUCAUUCAAUGGGUAUUAUGCAUAGAGAUGUUAAACCUCAAAAUGUAAUGAUCGAUCCAAUUGAACGUAAGUUAAGAUUAAUCGAUUGGGGUCUAGCAGAAUUCUAUCACCCUGGUGUUGAUUAUAAUGUUCGUGUUGCAUCUCGUUACCACAAGGGCCCAGAACUUUUAGUGAAUUUGAAUCAAUAUGAUUAUUCUUUAGAUCUUUGGUCUGUUGGAUGUAUGCUUGCUGCUAUAGUAUUUAAAAAAGAACCAUUCUUUAAAGGUUCAACUAAUCCAGAUCAAUUGGUUAAAAUUGCAGCUGUUCUUGGAACAAAAGAAAUGUUACAAUAUUUAGCUAAAUAUAAUUUAGAUUUGCCAUCGGAGUAUGAUAAGAUUAUGAAAGAUUUUACUAAGAAGCCUUGGAGUCAUUUCAUCACAUCUGAAACUACAUUAGCAGUUCCAGAAAUGGUUGAUCUAAUUGAUAAUUUAUUAAGAUAUGAUCAUCAAGAAAGAUUGACUGCUAGGGAGACAAUGAAUCAUACAUUUUUCAAUACUAAAUAUGAUUGA